UCCUGGUCAUCAUUACAUGUCCCCUUCAAGGCUAAGGGGACUCUCGAAGGUGGAAUGGAGACAUCACUCCGUCGCCCACACAGCCUUUGGGGAGUCUGCUGCCGCUUCACAAUGUCAAACUUCACCUCCAGGGACAUGGUUUUCCUGGCUGCCUGUGUAUUUGAGGUCCCAUAAAUUGUUUAAGUCUAUCUGUUGUUGUUUUCUCUUCUGCACUCAAAUACAGUACAGUAAUUAUCUACGGGGUGUACAGACGCUUUCAAUAUUGUCACCACUUGUACACUACAGUACAGUACUACUACAUUCCAGAUCCCUAUGAGAUUCGUUAAAUGCUUAUUGUGCUCAAAAUUGUUAGACAAGAGAAUGAUACUUCCUCUCCUCAUAUAUCCUGGAUGCAACAAGUUCUGCUUCCACCAAUAACUCCAACCAACAUUUUCAUUUGCUUGGGCUCUGCUAAAUAAUUUUCUUCAUUUUUAAUUUCCUCAAUUGAGAAACUAGCCUCAUAGUUACUGAACUGUACUCUGUGUUCAGGUAAAACCAACCAUCACAGCCUAAUGGAUAUUCUAUGUUUCUAUAUAGUAUUUGUAUCUAAAUGAUGCUACAGUUCUGUAUUGUAUGUACCUCAUAUUGUUUAAAUUCCUGCAUUCCAGUAAACCCUUGGAGCUGGAGAAUUUCUCUUCCCAAUCCAACAUGUUGUGGCAACAGUAGAGAAGACUGAAGCACAAAUCGGCCUUGGGAAAGUUUAUAUCGUAAAACAUUUAUGUAUUAAUACUUUACCCCUUUGAUGUUCCUUUUAAAUGUCUGUAGCAGCAGCUGUAUGGUGGCCAAAUAAUUGUACUCAUUGAUGUAGCAGGUAACACUGUUGCCUGGGUUAUGUUAUUCCAUUAUUUUACCUUUACGUCCUUCUUUGUGCCCUACGGCCAUAACACCUAAAAAUGUUUAUCAGUGCAGCUCUUACAGUUGUGGAUUUAUUAGGACAAAUAUUUAACCAAAAGUUUUAAUUGCUUUUCUCUCCCUAAUGUCUGAUCAAUGUGUCUGUUUACCACUGUACACUACGUCUAAACCAAAGGCAAGUCAUCCCAAAGAUGUGGUGAUAACUGAUGAACAUCCCAAAACACUCCUGCUCCAAAAACAUGCUGACUACAUUGUUGGCUACAGCAAGAAGAAGGAGGAUUAUGAGUUCACAAUGACCGAACACUUUCGCAUGUCCGGCAUGUACUGGGGAAUUACAGCAGUGGAUCUCCUCUCCCAGCUGGAGAGGAUGGAUCGUUCUCAGAUAAUUGAAUUUGUUCUUCAGUGUCAGGAUCAAACUCGUGGUGGAUUUUCCCCAAGUCUCGGCCAUGAUGCUCAUCUUCUGUAUACACUCAGUGCUGUCCAGUUAUUGGUAAUAUUAGACAGCAUAGAGGAAGCAGAUGUUGAUGGUGUAGUGAAGUUCAUUGUUGGGCUGCAGAAUGAGGAUGGGUCAUUCUCCGGUGACCAGUGGGGAGAAGUGGACACCAGAUUUUCCUUCUGUGCCGUUGCUUGCUUGGCUCUACUUAAAAGACUGGAUGCCAUUAAUACCGACAAAGCAGUUGAGUUUGUUAUGAAGUGUCAAAAUGUAGAUGGUGGGUUUGGAACAAGACCUGGGUCAGAGAGUCAUGCAGGGCAGAUCUACUGCUGUGUUGGCCUCCUCUCUAUUACAGGUCAGUUACACAGGAUUAAUGGUGACCUUCUGGGUUGGUGGCUGUGUGAGCGUCAACUGCCAUCUGGUGGACUGAACGGACGACCGGAGAAGUUGCCAGAUGUGUGUUACUCGUGGUGGGUGUUGGCCUCUCUCACCGUGCUUGGAAGACUUCAUUGGAUUAACUCCAGUAAAAUGCGUCUCUUCAUCAUGGCAACGCAGGACCCUGAGACUGGUGGGUUUACAGACCGGCCAGGUGAUAUGGUUGACCUUUACCACACUCUCUUUGGACUCGCUGGUCUCUCAUUACUCGGAGAAACUGGCCUUAAACAGAUCAACCCGGUGUUCUGUAUGCCUCAACAUGUACUAGAUCGUAUCUCUGUCUCAGUCCAGAUAAUGUCAACUUGAUUAGAUAGGUAAUAGAGUCAGUCCUGGAUAAUUCAUGAUGGAAGGAGUAGCAUUAGAGUAUAUGCACUGUGCCUCUAAUUUAAUCCCAUUUCUUUAGAAAUUUGCAGUUUCAGUAAUUGCAACUAUUCACAGAUUUUUCCUGCAAAGUUAACAGUGCAGAGGUGAAUAAAAAAUGCUUUUGGUGGUGUAAAGAAGCAGCAGCAGCAGCUAUUAGAUCACAUGGUUUGAACUGUGAGAAGUGCUCAACAAAUAUUAUGUGCUAUUUCUAUGUAAUUACACACUUUUCUUAUGAAAAAGUUUGGCAACUUGUGGUGACAUUAUCCAUAUUGGAUAUAUUGUUAGAGCUUAUGAGAAAAUGUUUGGUUCACAGCUGUUGACAUUACAGGUUGACAACCCUUUAUCCGAAAAGCUCUGAAAACCGAAAGUUUUUUGUGGAGUAAUUUUUUUUUUUUUUUUUACGGGGAUUAGCC